AUGUUCACACCUCCAACUCCCUCGUCUGAAAAUAAUACCGAAUCAUCAUCCGAUUCAAUUUCAACAACAAUUUCAACAAACAAUAGGUCUUCUCCCAUUCCAUUGAAUCGAUCUCCUUCGAGUAGUUAUCCAAGAAAUUCUCCUCCUGCCAACUCGGGUCUGUCACGUGUCAAUUCACUCAUUCAAGAAAAAUCUUCUCAAACAAGCAAUGAAAAUCAAUCCACCAACUCGAGUUCUGGAGGAAAACGUAAAAAAACUCUUCUCAAAGCCUCUCCUCUAAUUUCUCCAUUAUUAUUACCACAACAUUCACAACAUGUGUCAAAUGUCAAUUCAAAUCAUUUGGAAAAUUCUCUUUCUACACAUCAUCAUGGAGCUUCGGUUUUUGGAAAUUCACCCAUUCUUUCCUCAUCCGUUUCUUCUUCAUUACAAAAUUCUGAAAGUCAUGCUGAACAUAGCGUCAUGUCUGAAUUUUCCACAUGGGAAGAAGUAUAUCAUCAACAACAUGUCAUGAUGACAGGUGGCAAUGACACCAACUCCUCUUCUCCUGUGAUUACUUCUUCUUCUCCAUCCUUUCCAAAUGAAGAUUCCAAUUUCAAUAACGAUCAAGAUCAUCUUUCGAAACGAUCCAGUUUUGGAAAAUCUCGAAAGCUCACUACUUUUAUUUCGAAAAUAUUUGGAUUGAAUCUUUCCAACACGGAUGGAAAAUCAAGUGUCACAUCCUCACAUUCGAAUCGAUCGAAAACCAAUCGAUUAUUUAAUUCAGGAACUGAAUCCGAUGAAUUUUUUAGAGAUUCUGCCAUCGACGCUCUCGAUCAACAUUCGACCACACUUCAAAAAUCUUCACAAAAUUCCACAUCAAAUAAUAACUCGUCCUCGAACACUUCUCAACAACAACGAGCCAACAAUUAUCAACUCGAUUUAGAAUCUCGUCAAAAAUCCAAUUUCAAUCAAUGGUUUCAAGACAAGUCACAAACAUUCCAAGCUCAACAUUUAUUUGAAAAGGAAGGAAGUGUGUAUUUUUUUAAAAAGGAAAUCAAACCAAAAAAGACAUCCUCUUUAUCGUAUGCUUCUCCAUUGAAUUCUGGUCAGAAUUUGGUGGGAAAUAAUAGUUCAAGUAGUGGUUCAAAUAGUUCACAUUAUUCGAGUGGUGGUGGAGGUAGUAGUAGUGGAGAUUUAAAUUUUUCAACCAUCAUGGAAGAAUCAUUUCAACCAAAUGACAUUUUUGUCGAACGAUUCAUGUCAUGCAAGAAUGAAGUGGUGACGAUAUUUGAAAAAUCGACCAAAGACUCUCCUGUGAAACACACCUUUUCAUGGAAUCAAAAUGUCACUUAUAGUAUCAUUCCCACAGAAAGAAGUUUUGAUACUGUCAUUUUGAAACAACAAAAACGUCAAGUUCGAUAUUACAAAAAUCAAUAUUAUUUGUUUGAAAUUCGAGUCGAACAAGGAGAUUACUUGUACGUGAUGGAACCUUUAAUUCUUGUGGGAUUGGUUAAAACAAAAGAAGAACGAGACGAUUGGACUGAUUUGUUUGAAAUUUAUUCCAUUUAUUCUUCUCUCAAUGUGUUCACAGAAGAUGAAUUUACAUUGGCCUCAACGUUGACACGAGAAGACAAGUUACGUGAGAGACUCAUUCAAGAAUAUGAAUUAUUUGAUGAAUAUCAGAAUGAGGUGCGUGAAGGAGUGAAACUUGGUCCAAACGUAUCAUCAAAUUUGACACAACCAGAGACUGAAUAUAAUCCUCGACUCUCGACCAUUGACAAUCCCUAUGAAGAGAGUAAGGCAUUUCAAAAGGAGAUGGAAAAGUCGUACUCACAUCUGAUUCAAUCCUUUGAAAAGAAUUAUUUGAACUCUUUAAGAGUAUUAUCAAAUAAUAAUAUUCAACAAGAAGAACAUUAA